AUGCCUAAUGGCAACCUCGAUUACCAAUUGUCUCUUAAGGCACCAAAGUAUGGUCUGUAUGGACAACUAACAGAGAAGAGUGAUGUGUAUAGUUAUGAUAUGGUCAUUCUGGAAAUCAUGAGUGGAAGAAAAGUGCUUGAUACUUUGAAUUCAUCUGCAAAUUCACUGACAAAUUGGAUAUGGACACUUGUGGAAUCAGGAAAUAUGAUGGAAAUAUUUGAUGAGUCAAUAAGAAAAGGGCCCCAAAAAAUUAUGGAAAGGUUUGUUGUUGUUGGCAUGCUAUGUGCUCAUGUUGUGGUAGCUUUAAGGCCUACUAUUGCUAAGGCCCUUAAGAUGUUAGAGGGUGACAUUGGCAUUUCCCCAUUACCUGACAGACCAAUGCCAAUCAUAAAACUAAUCAUUUCAAGUUAA